GGCGUCAUUUACUUCACGGCUUGGAGCGCCAGCUUUUACCCGCAGCUCAUCCUCAACCACAGGCGAAAGAGUGCGCUCGGCCUCGCGCCCGACUUUGUCGUUGUGAACCCAAUCGGCUUCCUUUGCUUAGCCAUCUGGUCCUUUGGCGCGUACUUCUCCCGUACCGCUCGUAAGCAGUAUGCGGACCGACAUGACGGACACGCGCCCCAGGUCUCGAAGAGUGACCUCGCCUUCUCCGCGCACGCACUCCUCCUCUCCACCCUCACGCUGGUUCAGAGUGCUUGGCUAUUCUAUCGCGCACACCGCGCGAGGAAGAGCGUAGAGGAGCAAUCUCCCCUCUUGAGGAGGAAGGUGCGUGCCCCGGUCUCGCCACACCGCCUCACCCGCGCUGCGUUGGUUAUCAUGGCCCUGGCUGCUUUGUGGGUCGGUACCAGCACUUUGCUCGGCCGCACCGAGCUACUCGACUUCCUCUAUUUCGCCAGCUCGCUCAAGAUCGCGAUUACGACAAUCAAGUACACACCGCAGCUCAUCCUCAACUACAGACUCAAGAGUGUGCGGGGCUUCGCUAUUGCCACCAUCCUAGCCGACCUUACUGGUGGGGUCUUCUCGCUCGCCCAGCUCGUAAUCUCGAGCGUCUUUAUCGACGGGCAGGUCGCGGGCAUCUGGGCGAACCCGGGCAAGCUUGGUCUCGCACUGAUCACGAUUGGGUUUGACAUUGCGUUCAUCGUGCAGAAUUACGUCCUCUACCCUCGUAGGGGCGAGGAGAGUGAC